AUGCUAUUUCUUCUACUGUCCUUGUUUGCGUCUUCCCCUUUGGGGAUAAUCAAACUCAGUUCAUGCAGUGAAGUUCACACUAAUGUCAAAUGCAUCCACACCGAAAGAGAAGCCCUUCUCAGCUUCAAGAAAGGCCUCACUGAUCCUUCAGGUAGGCUUUCUUCUUGGGUUAGCGAAGAUUGCUGCCGAUGGAGAGGCAUAGAGUGCAACAACAAAUCAUUUCAUGUUACCAAACUUGACCUUCGGAAUGCGGGCCUACGUGGUAAGAUAAAUGCUUCUUUGAUUCACUUGAAAUAUUUAAAUUUCCUGGAUCUAAGCGCGAAUGAUUUUAUGGGAAUUCAAAUUCCUGAAUUUUUUGGCAUGCUAGAGAACUUGAUAUAUCUCAAUCUCUCUGACGCAUCCUUUUCUGGGCGAAUUCCUCCUCAUCUUGGCAAUUUGUCGAGCUUGAUACAUCUUGACCUUAAAUACAAUGGCUACUUUUCUCCAAAUUUAAACAUGUCCUCAAUUCUCCCUUUAAACUUUUUGGAUUACUUCUCGCCACUCUCUUCCAGAAAUAUGGAUUGGUUGUCAAGUCUCUCUUCUUUGAAGUACCUAGAUAUGACGGGAGUGAAUUUCAGUGGUGUCGGAGCAGAUUGGUUGCAAGCAGUUAAUACGCUUCCUUCCCUUCUUGAGUUACAUUUAUAUUCUUGUGAGCUUGAAAGCCUUCCUCUUUCCCUUCCGUUUGUUAAUUUCACCUCUCUUUCUGUCCUUGAUUUAUCAGACAACCAAUUUAACUCUUCCAUACCUCGGUGGUUGUUUAAUCUUACCAGCCUCACAAAACUUGAUCUUGGUGGUAAUGCUUUACAAGGUACCAUUCCAUACGAUUUUGUGAACCUAAGAAAUAUUGAGGACCUAUAUUUGAGUGGAAAUCGAAAAAUCAGUGGUCAAUUGCCAAGCUUCUUUGGAAUUUUUUGCAAAUUGAAGACUCAAGAUCUUUCAUGGAACAAUGUUAGUGGCAGUAUUGAUAGUUUCUUAGGUAAUUUCUCAACUUCCUUGAACAAUAGCAUGGAGUCCCUAGAUUUGAGUGCUAACAGUUUGGUAGGGAAAAUUCCUGAUUCAUUGGAGAGGCUUGGAAGCUUGACCAACCUCUUUCUCGAUUUCAACUCUUUUUCGGGUUCAAUUCCAGCUUCUAUUGGCAACUUGUCAUCCUUGCAAAUAUUUUCCCUCAUUGAAAAUGAGAUGAACGGAACCACCCCCGAAAGUCUUGGACAACUCUCAAAGCUAGUCGGUUUGCAACUUGAUAUGAAUUCCUGGGAAGGUGUCAUAACAGAAGCUCAUUUGAUGAAUCUCACAAGACUAGAAAAUUUUGCAGUAACAAUUGAUAAAAACCAAUCUCUAAUUUUCAAUGUGACAUACGACUGGGUUCCUCCUUUCAAGCUCAAAUAUCUUAAACUAGCAAGUUGUCUUAUUGGCUCCAAAUUUCCUACAUGGCUUCAAGUUCAGACUGAGCUUACAUAUGUCAUCCUUAGCAACGUCGGAAUCUCAGGAGCUAUACCUGAGGGUUGGUUCUCUAAGAUAUCUUCUCAACUCACUCUCUUGGAUCUAUCAAAAAACUAG